AUGGAUAGCUCGUUUAUUGAACUAAUAAAAGAUAUAAAAAGAGAUGACAGUGUGAAAAAUUUAGAAAAAAAUUAUCAAAUAUGUGUAAAUAAAUUAAAGGAACUAGAAAAAAAAAAACAGAAUGAUAAAAUAUUUGUUCUGAAUUCUAUAAAUAAAGAAAAAUCAUUUAUAUUAUUAAAAUUGCUAUAUUUACAAAUGUUUGGUAAAAAAAUUGAUAAAGAGUAUAAUUUUUCUGUAAUUGAACUUUUAACCUGUAAUAAAUAUAUUUUAAAAAGAAGAGGUUAUUUUUUUUUGAACAAUAUUAAUGAUAAUGAAGAUAUUAUUUUUUUAUCAAUUAAUUUAUUUAAAAAAGAAUUAUAUAAAGAAAAUAUUGCAAACAGUGAAAAUAGUAAAAAAUCCAAUGUUAUAAAUUCUAUAUCUAAUUUUAGUAAUGCAAUAAUUAAAGAUAAUAUCAACUUAUUUAAUAAAGUAGAUCUAAAUAAAAAUCAAUUUAUGCAUGGUGUAAAUAUGGCUAAAGAUUUUAAAAUUUUUAAUACAGUUUUAAUUUUAAAUAGUAUAAGUAAUAUAUGUACAGAUAUUAUGAGUAAUAAUAUUUAUAAUGAUAUAUUCUUGUUAUUAAAUAGUAGUUACAUGUAUAUUAGAAAAAAAACUAUUAUUUGUUUUUAUAAAUUAGUUAUAUGCAAUUUAGAUAUUUUGCAUUUAUUUUUAGAUUUUAUAAAAAAACAUUUUGUUUCUCUUUAUAAUAAUCAAAGUACAUCUUAUGAAAAAAGUUUAAAUGAUGAAAUUGAUUAUACAUAUAGAAAUAACACUUUUCUUUGCUGUUUAAUUAUUAAUAUAUUAGCUGAAAUAUUUUCUACAUUAGAAAAAAAUGAUGAAAAGAAUAAUAAGGAUAAAUGUAAAAACAUAAAUGGAAAAAGAAAAGAUGAAGAAAAUGAAGAAGGAAAAAAUGUGAAUAAUGUACACACCGUUUCUGAAUACUUAAAAAAAUUUUUGUCUUUUAUUCCUUUUAUUUAUAAUAUUUUAAACGAAAGAUUAAGUUUAAUAGAUAAUUGGAAAUUGAUAAAAAUAAUUAAAUUUCUUAACAAAUUAAUAAAAUAUGAAAUGAGAAUUUAUAAGAAGUUUUUAUCUAUUAUAAUUCAUAUAUUUUAUACAAAUAGAGCAAAAAGUGUUGUUUUUGCAUGUUUUGAAUUUAUUCUUUUUAAUUACAAAAAAAUUUACGAUAUUGAUAUAAAUAUUAAUCAAUAUAUAACUAAUGGUGUUGAAUUAGAAAAACAAUGUACAAUUAAUAACAAUAGUAUUAUUGAAAUUGAUAAAAAAAAAAACCAAGAAAAUGCUAUCACAUCAGAAAAUAAAAUAAUUAAAGAAAAUAAUAAAGUAGUUAAUGAUAUAGAUGAUAAAAAUUAUUCUAAUAAUUUUGAUAAAUUUUUAUAUUAUUGUUUUAAACAAUUAUUAAAAUAUUUUUUUAGUGAAGAUAAAAAUAUAGUUUAUAUAACAACUAAAUUAUAUGAAUAUGUUUUUCUCAUUACUGAUUUAUAUGAUGCUUUUGUACAUCAUGAUUUAUUAAAUGAUUUUUCCCACAAUAUUUUAAAAAAUUUUUAUCAGAAAGAUUUAUCUAUUAGAAAAAAUUUAUUAAGUAUCUUAUAUUAUUUAAUAAAUAAAAAAAACUUUCAAAAUAUUGCUUAUAAUAUUAUUGUGUAUUUAUAUAAUAAUGUGGAAAAUAAUUUUUCCGAUGAAUAUAUAAAUGUCAUUUUAAACUAUGGAAAAAAUAAUUUACAUAAUUUGGAGAAUAUAAAUUUAUAUGUUUUUAUAUUAUUUUAUAUAUUAUGUCUAAAUAAUCACAAUAAGGAAUUAGAUACACUUAAUCAAAUUUUUCAAAUAAAUAAAGAAGUUAAAGAAACACAUAUAACUACAAUAUUUCUGAGUUGCAUUUUUAUAAUAACAUAUGGAACAAUAAUUAUAAAAAAUAAUUUAGAAAAAAAUCAUUAUGCUUUUGAUGAUGUAUAUUUAAAUAAAAAAACAUUCGAAAUAGUAAACACUAAUGAAAUAAGUGAUAACAAUCAUUUGGAUAUCUAUAAUAAUUCAAAUUGCUAUGAAAAUUACAAGGUAAAAAAUAAUAAUGGUGAUAAUAAAGUAAAUGAAAUAUACAAGGAUAUUAUAAGCAUAAAAUGUGAUAAUACUUAUGAUAAUAUGAAUGAUAAAAUUAAUGAUUCAUUGUAUGAAAAAAAGGAGAUGGAAAAAUAUAGAAUUAUAAAUAAUGUUUUUAAUGAUGAAAAUUAUGAUAUAAUGAUAAUGAACGAUAUAUAUAAUUUUAAAAAAGAAUUCAAAGAAUUAGAAAAAUUAAAUAAAUAUGAUAUAUUUGAAUACAUUAUUGUAAUAUUAAAUUUAUAUGAUAAGAUAAACCAGAACAAAAAAAAAUUUAUAUAUCAAGAUUUGAACUGCAUAAAUGUUGCUUCUUUUGAGUUUAUUGUUUAUUUUAUUAGUAUUUAUGUUGAAGAAACAUAUGAUAAAAUAAAAGAAUUCAAAAGUAAAGAAUUUUUAAAAAUAUUUUUCUUUUCAUUAUACUUAUUUUUUAUUAAUUUUAGCUCAAGUAGUAUAUUAUGGAAUAUCACUAAGAUUUUUAUUUUUUUUUAUCAGUUCAAGGAAAAUGAUGAUUUACAUUUUUAUUUUCAAAAACUGGAGUAUCAUAUUAAUUAUUUAAUAAAUCAAAAAAAUGAUGUCGCAAACUUAGAUAAAUGUUUUAUGUUAAAAAAUAUCUUAUCUCUUUUAAAUAACAAACAAAAUAAAGAUACUUUUAAUUUUUAUAAUUAUUUUACUAAUUUUUUAGAAUUAAAAGAAUCUGAUAAAAAUUUUGAUUUUGAAAAGCCUUUUAAAUAUGAUGAUUCCUUUUUUUAUGAUACUGAAGAAAAAAAAGAAAAAAAAAAAAAAAAAACUUUUGAAAAAGUAUAUUUAGGUAGUAAUAUAACAAAUGUUAAUAAUAAUAAUGAAAAAAAUUUAAAUAAAGAAGAAAAUAUACAUAUAGAAAAAAAUAUUUUAGAAAAUGAAUUUCUUGUAUUAGUAGAAAAACAGAAAGAGUUUGUCAGAAUAUGGAAAGACAAAAACAUAUUUUUUUUGAUUGACAAAAAUAAACAUUUUAAAUUAUAUUUCCAAAUUAAUAAGGAAAAAUGUUUAUUGUUUUUAUAUUUAAAAUUAUUAAACAAAGGAAUUAUAUUAAAUAAUUUUAAUUUGUAUAGUUCUUCUAAUAUAGCAAAAUUUGAUGUAAUAAAUAGUGAGGAUUCUAAUAAUUUUGAAUUUAUUGAUGAUUAUGAAGAUAAUUUUUGUGAAAUGAACUUUGAUAAAAAUAAUCAAAAAGAAUUAUUAAAUAAUAACUAUAACAUAAAUAACGAAAAUGAUGUAUGUUCUAAAAAAAUAAAAUGUGAAGAAAUUAUUGAAAAGAAUUAUUUUAUAUCUCUAAAAUAUGAGAAGGAUGUAUCCUUUAUUAAAUUAAGUUAUGAUUAUUCAUAUAAUUUUCAAAAUUAUGAAAAUAAAAAUUUAUAUAUUCCAUAUGUAAAUAUUCAACCACUUCAUUUAUCAAUAGAUGAAUUUAAAAAUGUAAAUAAAAAAAAUGGAAAAUUUAGGAACAUGGUUUAUGAGAUAAAGAUAGAAAAAAAUUUAAAUAUAAAUAAAUAUAUUUUCAACUGUUUUUUAUUUUUAUCUGAAUAUCUAAAUUUUUACUUUUUUAAUAUGAAGAAUAUUUUUCUUAAUUUUCAAAAAAAUGAACAUCUAGAUGAGCUCCGUAUAAUUUUUUGUAUAAAAAGUUACAUAGAAAAACAAAAUUUAGAAGAUAAAAUGAUCCUUCUGGUUAACAUCCUACACAAGCCAAAAAAUGAAAUAGAAGGUUUUUGCUUUUAUGAUGUUACUAUAAAAAUAAAAAUAUUAAAUGAUUCAGAAGAUUUAUGUAAUCAGAUACUUAAUUAUUUUGUGUUUUAUAUGGAAAAAAUAUUUUUACAAAGAAUUAAAAUUAAUUACUAA